AACCUCUCGGUCUAUGUGUUCACUGAGUGGUCGUUCGGUGACCUCCUGUGCCGUAUGUAUCACUUCAUACACGCCCUCUCAUACACCGGCUCUGUGUAUAUACUGGUCGUCAUAUCCAUUGAGCGCUACUUAGCGCUCGUCUACCCGUUGUUGAGUCGACGCCUCCUAACCAUCCGUAAGCUUAAGAUCACAAUCAUUAUUGUCUGGAUAUUAUCGGCCGUCUGUUGUUUCCCCCGAUUUAUUAUCUUCGGUACCGUUAAUAUACCCAUGGAUUUAGUAUGUAUGGGUCAGGGCAGCUCCAUGGCAAUUUUAAUGCUAUAUAUUUAA